UGCACAACUUUCAAGAUGGAAAUGGUGCCUUAUGACUUCGUGUGCUUUGCACUCCACAGUAUACGAUCCAAAAGAGAAGACCUUUGAGAAACUUCUGAUUGCCAACAGAGGAGAAAUAGCAUGUAGGGUAAUUAAAACAUGCAAGAAAAUGGGAAUCAAAACAGUUGCUAUACACAGUGAUGUUGAUUCCAAUGCUGUCCAUGUGAAAAUGGCGGAUGAAGCUGUCUGUGUUGGCCCAGCUCCCACUAGUAAAAGCUACCUCAACAUGGAUGCUAUCUUGGAAGCCAUUAAAAAAACCCGGGCCCAAGCUGUCCACCCGGGAUAUGGAUUCCUUUCUGAAAAUAAAGAAUUUUCCAGGCGUUUGGCAUCUGAAGAUGUUUCUUUCAUUGGACCAGACAUGCAUGCUAUUCAAGCAAUGGGGGACAAGAUAGAAAGCAAACUCUUAGCCAAGAAUGCAAAAGUCAACACAAUACCUGGUUAUGAUGGGGUAGUCAAGGAUGCAGAUGAAGCUGUCAGAAUUGCAAGGGAAAUUGGCUAUCCUGUCAUGAUCAAGGCUUCAGCAGGUGGUGGUGGGAAAGGCAUGAGAAUUGCAUGGGACGAUGAAGAGACCAGGGAAGGGUUUAGGUUUUCCUCUCAAGAAGCUGCCUCAAGUUUUGGCGAUGAUCGAUUAUUAAUAGAAAAGUUUAUUGAUAACCCUCGUCAUAUAGAAAUUCAGGUUUUGGGUGAUAAACAUGGCAAUGCAUUAUGGCUGAAUGAAAGAGAAUGUUCUAUUCAGAGAAGAAACCAGAAAGUGAUUGAAGAAGCACCAAGCACUUUCUUGGAUCCUGAGACACGCAGAGCAAUGGGAGAACAAGCUGUAGCUCUUGCCAAAGCAGUAAAAUACUCAUCUGCUGGAACAGUGGAAUUCCUUGUAGACUCGAAAAAGAACUUCUACUUCUUGGAAAUGAACACUAGACUUCAGGUUGAACAUCCCAUCACAGAAUGCAUUACCAGUUUGGACCUAGUUCAAGAAAUGAUCCGUGUUGCUAAGGGUUACCCUCUCAGGCACAAACAGUCUGAUAUUCCCAUAAAUGGCUGGGCAGUUGAAUGUCGAGUAUAUGCUGAGGAUCCAUACAAAUCUUUUGGUCUGCCAUCUAUUGGUAGACUGUCUCAGUACAAAGAACCACUGCAUGUGCCCGGUGUUCGUGUUGACAGUGGUGUACAGCAAGGAAGUGAAAUCAGCAUUUAUUAUGAUCCAAUGAUUUCAAAACUGAUUACCUAUGGAUCCAACAGAGCAGAAGCUUUGCAAAGAAUGGAAGAGGCCUUGGAUAAUUAUGUUAUAAGAGGUGUAGCUCAUAAUAUUGCCUUACUGCGUGAAGUGAUAACACAUCCGCGCUUCAUCCAGGGAGACAUCAACACUAAAUUUCUUCCUGAAGUAUAUCCUGAAGGCUUUAAAGGACACAAGUUGACAGACCCCGAGAAAAGGGAGCUACUUGUAACGGCAGCAUCUCUAUAUGUGGCUGUACAACUCAGGUCACAAAGGUUUCUGGGAACUCCAAGAGUUUCUGUGGCUCAGCCUGAUGCAAGUAAGUGGGAACUAUCAGUCCAGCUGGGAGAUUCAACUCACUCUGUCAUAGCUCAACGUCAAGGAUCAACUUUCUUGCACAAGUUGCGUAUUCUGACUAAACUUGCUGCUGAACUGAAUAAAUACAUGCCAGAGAAAGUCGCUGAGGAUAGCACAAGCAUCUUGAGAUCACCAAUGCCUGGAGCAGUAGUGGCAGUUUCUGUAAAGCCAGGUGACAUGGUUGCAGAAGGUCAAGAAAUCUGUGUCAUUGAGGCUAUGAAAAUGCAGAAUAGUUUGGUUGCUGCUAAAACUGGAAAGGUGAAAGCUGUGUACUGCAAAGCUGGUGAAACUGUUGGGGAAGGAGAUGAGCUUGUGGAGCUGGAAUGAAACCAUUUCUUCCACACCCUAGCACAGUUGGCGACAUCCUCUUUGUACGUUCAUUGACAAAUUCAAAUGAAUGUUGGCACAGCUAUGGUAUUUUGAAAAGUAAUCUAUACUGCAUAAGCGACAAGGGGCCAAAUGGUGUACCUGGCAUAGAGAUAAAUUAAAAUAGCCCCUCGAUCUCAGAUUUCACUCCUUUAUAAAUCACUGUAUAUAUGAAAUUUGUACUUCUCCUUCAGUAUUUCUGCUAGUAUGGAAUAAGACAACAAAAUUAAAAUUUUUGGUAUAUGAAUAA